AUGGCACAGAACAAUCAGCUUGCUAGCUCCGAGGAGAACACUCCACCGACGCCGGUUUAUUAUCAACCGUCCAUGACUCAAGCACUGCCACCACUAACUCCUGCAGGCGCACCCCCGGUACACUCGGGAGAAAUCCCGCCACCAGUCCCAACAUCGGAAGCCCAAGCACCGUCCACCUCUACAGAGGGUGCGGCCCGCAUCGUCCCACUGGAAGGCGAUAUCUCCACAUUAAGGGGCACGGUCAAUCAGAUGGCUGCCGACAUGGCCGAGCUCAUGGCCCUACUCAGAGAUCCAAACCACACCUCCUCGAACUCUACUCCGCCUCCGGGGUACGGGCCAACAGUCGACCCAAACCCUUGGGUCUCGCCAACCCAUGCUCCGGAAGGUAUUGAAGCGCCUGCGAUACACGCACCGGCAGGCCUCCCAGCUAACGUCCCUCCGCCAUCGGUGACUCUCCCGGCAGCCAUUCCUCUUCCACCGUCGAACCCGACUACUCUAGUACCGCCGACGAUGUCCAUACCAGUUCCGGCACCGGUUUACGCGGCUCCUCCGCCGAUGGUCUUCCCGGCACAGAGCCCCCACGCUCCUGCUCACACAGCCGAGCCUGUCCCAUUCCAAGCUCCACAACCCCACAUCAGCUUUUCUUACCCAACUCUACCUCCCCUAAACAUUCCCAUCCCUGAACCGGGCAUGCCAACCCAGGCUGUCCCCAUAGCUCCACCGACAAACUUUCUCCCGGAAAUGGGGACUGAGCAGGAGCAGAGAUUGAAGAAGAUGGAAGAGAACAUCAAAGCCUUACAAUCAGGUGGUCCUCGCCUCGAUGCCGGCGAUUGCGAUUGGAGUCUUUUUCCGGGUAUGCGGCUACCCCCGAAGAUUAAGGUGCCUGAAUUCCAAAGGUACCAUGGCACUACCGACCCCCGUCACCAUCUCCGUCACUACAGAGGAAAGAUGCUGCAGUACUGGGACUACGAAGAGUUCGUCAUCCACACGUUCCAGGACAGUUUGGCGGGAGCGGCUCUUGAUUGGUACAUGUCACUGAAAGCCGCGGAUAUCCCUACAUGGACGGACCUUUCGGGCAAAUUCAUCGACCAGUACAAGUACUGUGCAGAAACGCCCCCGACCCUGUUGGAGCUCAGGGCCUACUACUUGCACCUGUUGGCUCACACGUCUUCGUUCUCCAACCUUAUCGACGCCGGGAAGAAGCUUGAUAUCGGCGUUAAGCUCGGCAAGAUAGAAGGACCGGCCGAGAAGAAAGAGGGAGAGUCCUCGAAGAAGGUUGCUACUGGGACACCCUCCGCGGGAAACAGGAGAGGAAAAGACGCGUCCGUCAAUGCUGUUAACUCAGGGCGCCAAGCCCCCCAACAGUAUUCCAUCAAUUACACGCCCGCACCACCGACCACUCAGGCGUAUGCCCCACCUCCGGUGCAUUAUCAGCAGCAACUCCCAGCGCAACAAGUAUAUUAUUCCGCCCCGCCGGCCUCCUUUCCGUUGCCGGCCCCGCACAAUUACGUCCCUAUUCCCCCUCCGAUCCAACAAAGCAGGCCUUCGGCUUCGAGAACUCCUCAGCCGGUGCAACGGGCUCCGGCCCCGCAGGACCAACAAAGCACUGCGCCGCGGCGCAGACAAUUCACACCCCUUCCGGCCCCGCUCUCCCACAUAUACCGGCAACUCCUCGCAGGCAAUAGGAUUAAAUUAGUAGCGCCUAACCCCGAUUUCGACCCCACCAUUCAGGAUCAGAGUCGACACUGCGAGUACCAUCAAGGCGCACCCGGUCACACCACCGACGAUUGUUGGAAGCUGCGGGAGAAGAUCCAAGCUAUGAUUGAUGGCAAACAACUCACGUUCAACGCCGUCAAACCUCCGAACGUGCAAGUUAAUCCUCUUCCCGAUCACGGGUCAAGCUCGGGACCUAGCAUUAACAUGAUCAGUGUUUGCGCCAUAGGGGAGUACGAGACCGGGCAGGAGCCAUCCGCCCCGUUCGUAAUCGAAUAUGUGCCUUCGGAAACCGGUAUAGGGUACGCGGGGUUUGAUGCCACGCCCGCCCCAUUCGUGAUAGAUGUCCCCGCACGAGAGCCAUAUCAAGAUAGCAAGGUUCCGUGGACCUACGAAGGGAGUGUCGGGAACCUCGAGCGUCAAUUCAGCGUCAUGGGCGUGACGCGCUCGGGACGAGUGUAUGAAAACCCGGAGGUCGCGAACAAAGGAAAGGCGCCUGCUGCAACAUUAGGAAUCGCCCCGGAAGCUACGCCGAUCCCACAAAAGAAGGUGACCGAAGAGGAAGCCGAGGCUUUUAUGAAGAUCAUCAAGGCAAGCGAGUAUAAGGUUGUUGAACAAAUGGGCAAGUCUCCGGCCCACAUUUCACUACUCGCCCUUCUCUUAAGUUCGGAGCCACAUCGUGAAGCGCUCCUGAAGGUCCUGACGGCGGCACAGGUCCCCAAGGAGACGGCUCCAGAUCUCAUUGAAGAAACCGUUGGUUCGAUAUUCUCCAACAAUAUUUCAUUCUCGGAUGACGAGCUUCCCUCCGAAGGGUACGCACACUCGCGGGCGUUGCACAUCAUGAAUGUGGAUCUGAAUCGUAUUCGUCCAAGCAAGACAGCGGUUCGAGCCUUCGAUGGCUCGCGGAGAGAGGUGAACGGAGAGAUCGACCUUCUGAUCGAGGUAGGUCCAUGUUCAUUCAAUGUCACUUUUCAGGUGCUCGACAUCCCCAAUGCCUUCAGCUUGCUGCUCGGGAGGCCAUGGAUCCAUUUUGCGGGCGCAGUCCCCUCCACCUUGCACCAAAAGCUUAAGUUCAUCGUGGAAGAGCGACUCAUCACGGUCAAAGGUGAGGAGGACUAUGCGAUUUAUAAGGAGACGGCUGUCCCCUAUAUCAUUGAGCCAACAGAAGAAAUCAACAUAGGCACUGAAGAGGAACCUCGCACGCUAAAGAUCGGGACGGGCCUCGAUCCAACACAACGAGCUCGGAUGAUCGAUUUCUUGAAGGAGUACCAAGAGGUCUUUGCCUGGUCCUACGCCGACAUGCCGGGCUUAGAUCCGUCGAUAGUCAAGCACUCUCUCCCACUCGAUACAGAGAACUUCCCGCCCAAACGGCAACACCUACGGCGGCAGCGAGCCGGCCUUCUCCUCCGCAUCAAGGAGGAGGUCGUCAAGCAGAUAAAUGCGGGAUUCCUAGAAGUCUGCAAUUACUCUGAAUGGGUGGCAAACAUCGUGCCCGUGGAGAAAAAGGACGGAAGGGUCAGGGUUUGCGUCGACUAUCGGGACCUCAACAAGGCUAGUCCUAAAGACAACUUCCCUCUGCCUCACAUCGACGUCUUGGUCGACAACACCGCGCGCCACAAUCAGUUCUCCUUCAUGGAUGGCUUUUCGGGGUAUAACCAAAUCCGGAUGGCUGAAGACGACAAGAUCAAAACGACUUUCAUCACGAUGUGGGGCACGUUUUGCUACAAGGUCAUGCCCUUCGGGCUCAAAAAUGCCGGGGCAACCUACCAACGGGCAAUGGUUACGCUCUUCCACGACAUGAUGCAUAAGGAGAUCGAGGUCUACGUCGACGACAUGAUCGCAAAGUCCAAGGAGGGAGAGGAUCACCUCGUCAAUCUGAGGCGUCUCUUCGAACGUCUCAAGAAGUACAAGCUUAGGCUCAACCCGGCCAAGUGCACAUUCGGCGCGAAAUCCGGAAAACUGCUAGGAUUUGUGGUCAGCGAACGAGGCAUCGAGGUCGAUCCUGACAAGGUGAAAGCGAUUAGGGAGUUACCUCCGCCAUCAACAGUGCGCGAGGUACGGAGCUUCUUAGGACGACUGAACUACAUCGCGCGUUUCAUCGCGAACUUAUCAGAUAAGUGUCAACCCCUCUUCCGGCUGCUUCGUAAAAAUGCAGCAAUUGAAUGGGACGACGAUUGUCAGAAGGCCUUUGACGAUAUUAAGACAUACUUAGUUCAGUCGCCGGUGUUGGUCCCGCCCACGCCAGGUCGACCUCUCAUUCUUUACCUGACGGUGCGCCGGCAAUCAUUGGGGUGCAUGCUGGGACAAGAAGAUGAGUCCACACGCGCAGAACAUGCCAUCUACUAUCUGAGCAAGAAGUUUACUGAAGGAGAAUCCAAUUACCCGGAGAUUGAGAAGAUGUGCUGCGCACUGAUGUGGGUCAUGCAGAGACUUCGACAGUACACCCUCUAUCACACUAUCCGCUUGCUGUCGAAAGCGGAUCCCCUGAAAUAUCUACUUGGUAGACCAUCCUCCAUGAGGAACAUUGCAAAGUGGCACUGUCAACUGACGGAGUACGACAUCGAGUAUGUGCCCCGCACAUCAGUCAAGGGGCAAGCAAUUGCAGACCAUUUGGCGGAAUUUCCCAUCGAGGAUGACACGCCGAUCAACUCCGACUUUCCAGAUGAAGGGAUCCUCCGAGUAGAUGAGGAGGAGGAUGGGACCGCGUGGAAGAUGUAUUUCGACGGCGCGGUGAAUUCCACCGGUUCUGGUAUCGGCGCAGUGCUGAUAUCCCCGGACGGACGUUAUUACCCGAUUGCAGCAAAAGUUAAUUUUCUCUGCACCAAUAAUGUGGCCGAAUACGAGACAUGCAUCCUUGGCUUGCAAGCAGCGAUUGAUUUCAAGGUGAAGGAGCUAGAAGUGUUCGGAGAUUCAAUGCUCACAAUCUUCCAAACGUUAGGGCAAUGGAAGACGAAAGACGCAAAGUUAGUACCAUACCACGAGUAUCUCGAGGAGUUAGCGGAGAACUUCGAGAAAAUCUCGUUCACCUACACGCCACGUAUCAAGAAUCAGUUUGCAGAUGCACUUGCGACACUGGCAUCAAUGGUGAGCAUCACAAAAGAAAACCUCAUCGAGCCACUUGAGAUCGAGAUUGCCAAAGGCCCGGCUUACUGCGACACAAUCGAGGCGACCGAUGAACAGCCAUGGUACGAAGACAUCAAAGAUUUUUUGCAAACUGGCCAAUACCUGACAUUUGCCAACCGUCGGGACCGGAAAACACUUAGGCGACUCACAGCGCAUUACUUCCUGAGCGGAGAGACUCUCUACCGCCGUUCCUUCGACGCCACGCUACUCCGGUGUGUUGACGAAAACGAGGCACAACGCCUCAUGGGAGAGAUACAUGAAGGGAGUUGUGGACCCCAUAUGAGCGGUCUCAUGCUCACCAAGAAACUCAUGCGCCUAGGUUACUUUUGGUCCACCAUGGAGGCCGAUUGCGCCAAACACGUCAGACACUGCCACUUGUGCCAGGUCUAUACCGAUCAGAUCAAAGCACCCCCCAAUGAGCUACGCCCGAUGGCGGCCCCGUGGCCCUUUUCAAUGUGGGGCAUUGACGUGAUCGGCCCUAUCAAUCCCAAAGCAUCCAAUGGACACAUGUUCAUUUUGGUGGCAAUUGACUACUUCACAAAGUGGAUCGAGGCCAUAACGCUCGCUUCGGUCACCGCAAAUGCCGUGGCACGUUUCCUUAAGCGCGACAUCAUCGCCCGAUAUGGAGUCCCCGAAACAAUCAUCACCGACAAUGCUAAGAACCUGAACAACAGGAUCAUCGAUGAGCUUUGUGAGCGAUUCAAAAUACACCACCGCAAUUCCACACCAUACCGUCCCCAAAUGAACGGUGCGGUGGAGGCUGCGAACAAAAACAUCAAGAGGAUCAUCGAGAAAAUGACGGUGACCUAUAAGGAUUGGCACGAGAUGCUCCCUUUUGCGCUCUUGGCAUAUCGAACGUCCAUCCGCACUUCAACCGGGGCAACUCCGUACUCCCUAGUCUACGGCAUGGAAGCAAUCCUCCCAAUCGAAGUGGAGAUUCCCUCCAUGAGGGUCCUCGCCGAGUCCAAGCUCGAAGAAGCAGAAUGGGCGAAGCAGCGCUACGAACAGCUCAAUCUCAUUGACGAGAAACGGCUAACAGCGCUCUGCCACGGUCAAUGCUACCAACAAAGAAUGGCUCGAGCGUUCAAUGCAAGGGUUUGCCACCGCGAAUUCCGCCCCGGUGAUCUCGUCCUACGAAAGGUCUUGCACAUCACACCUGACUCUCGGGGCAAGUUUGCAUACAAGUAUGAUGGACCUUUCGUCGUCAGGGAAGUCUUCUCCGGAGGGGCAAUUAUCCUAAGCGAUAUGGACGGGACCGAAAACACACUCCCGGUCAAUGCCGAUGCCCUUAAGAAGUACUACCCUUAA